AGUAAACUGUAAAGCCUGAAUGUAUGGAGACUUGUCGUCUGUUUGCUUUCAUUUGCUUUAAUCUAUGGCUCAGUUGCGUUUGUAUUGUAUUGCAGUUCAUGGCGUAAAUUGUGAGGAAUGUUUUUUGUUUUUUGAAGCAGAGAAAGUAUAAUUUGAAUUCUACUCAACCAAGUCAGUUGUGUCUUCGUUUCAAAUUUAUUGAUGAUAGCUGUCUUAAUGUAUAAUUUAUGAGUUUUAUUUUAGAAAUGGUGUAAAAGAUAACAUAUAACAUGGCCAAUAUUGCAGCUCAAAGAAUCAAGAGAGAAUUUAAGGAGGUUAUGAAAAGUGAGGAGGUAGCCAAGUGCGCCAUCAAGGUGGAGCUGGUGAAUGAUGACUACACAGAGCUGAAGGGGGAGAUCGCAGGACCCCCAGAGACGCCCUACGAGGGAGGAACUUUCAUCCUCGAGAUCAAAGUGCCCGAGACGUACCCCUUCAACCCUCCGAAGGUACGGUUCAUUACAAAAAUAUGGCAUCCAAACAUUUCCUCAGUGACAGGUGCCAUCUGCUUAGACAUCUUGAAAGAUCAGUGGGCGGCGGCCAUGACGCUGCGGACGGUGCUGCUGUCGCUGCAGGCGCUGAUGGCGGCGGCAGAGCCUGAUGACCCCCAGGAUGCCGUCGUUGCCAAGCAGUUCAAGGAGAGCCCCGACAUGUUCCGCCAGACCGCGUGUCACUGGACCGCUGUCUACGCAGGAGGACCCCACAGGAACGCAGAUCUGGACGGCAAGGUGCGCAGACUCACGGACAUGGGUGUAGAGGACCACCAGGCGCGAGUCGCGCUCUCCUCCUACAACUGGGACAUUGAGCGUGCUACGGAGCAGCUGUUCAGCUAGUUCCCGCCGCGCUCUUGCUCGUUCUGCGUUGCGCUCGGCCGGUGGAAACGUUUAUCCCCUGCAGUGCCGUUGCACGGCUGUCAGGUCUGCGCGUGGGCGCACGCCUGUACUCUGACACCAGCCAUCAUCACCGCGUUAUUCUUUCUUCUGAGAGAGCUGCUAUUCCCGUUUUAAGUAAUUGCUUUAGUUUUGUGUUUUGUGACAAAGUUUUUAUCUUAAUGUAUUAUGUAAGAGAAAUUAAAAUAAUUUUUUCUGUUA